CAGCUCAUGAAUACCCCACUUUUGUCAUGCUAGCAUACAAUUCACCUGAUCCCGGCGCAUCACGAUUCCAUGGCCGAAACGAAAUCAUCCUCCACUCACCCUCAACUCAAAAUACUCGCAGAAUCACAUUACACCGAGUAUCGUUAUUAUGCCAGCAAUGGAGGUAAUCAAGCAACUCUCAUUUAUCUGUGGAUAGACGCACUAGUUGCUGCGUUAGUCUCGUAUUUCUGGCUGCAGAGCCAAAGUAGUACUGGGUACAACCUGACCGCCAUCUCCCUAUUUCUUCUCUACGUCUAUUGGAGAUGUACUAGAAUCGUCUAUGAAUCCGUACUCAUCAUACCUCCACACGGCAUACAACUCGAAACGCACAAAGGACCCUUACCCUUCAACUCCUCGUUAUUCGUCUUUCGGAGGUUCAUCCCUGCCAUAUACAUUGAAGACGUUAUAAUCAACGAAGCGCUCCAUCGUUGGAGCGUACGUUACUACCUUGCGGUUCUCGUAGCCGUUCCUGGUGAGAAUCGUCAACUUGCUGUUGCGUUUGACAACACGUUACCGCAUUUCCCGGUUUUGUUAGAAGUCUAUCGCGGUGUUCACCGGACUCUGCUUAAUGAAAAGAAAUCACAUCCUUGA